GAGAUAAAUGUUACACUAAGGUUGACUAAAAAAAGAUAAAAACACCACAACCAGAAAAGAAUGACUUGUUCAUCCAAUGUCAUGCUGGAGUUUGUCUGUUUCUUUCUCUUUUUCUCUUUCUUAUUCUUUUUGUCUCUUUCCUUUCUGGGAUUCUCUCUACUUCUCUCAAACACAGACAUAACGACAUUUUACGUGCAUGCAAACGUAUUUUUCGAGAGGCACAAACAUAAACUAGAAGGCUGGUCUAAGUGCCCAUCUUUCGUAAACACACAGAAAGCAACCUGUUUAUUCUUAUAUAUAAUAAUAGUUAGUCAUGCCGCUUUGCAAGUCUUGCUGUCGUCAGGACGUCGCGGGCAAAGAAUGUAAAAAUGGGAAGAAGAAAACUUAUAAGAUGAGUUCUGAAAUUACAAAGCUGAACAUCAUCACUUACCUUGUUCCUGAUGUAAAGGUGGAGGCAUUUCAGGUUUUUACCGAAUACCUUGAAGAUGUGGCUAACGUUCGCUGCAACUUGAUCUACGAAACCCGAUGGCAGUAUCCGACGAGCAAAAGAGACCUGUUUGAUCUAGGAGAUGUUGAUAUGGGCUUUAUCAGUGCUCCAGGAUUUCUCGAAAUGUUAGAGAGACCAAACUCAAUAGAGCUAUGUCCUGUUGCUCCUGUCUAUACUCACCCUCAUGGAAGAGGCCGACCUGUGAUUUUCUCCGAUGUUGUAGUACGAAACGAGCUUGGCGGCGACUAUAACGAGUUUGAGCGCCUGAAGGGACACAAGUUUACUUACUCUCAUCCAGAGUCUACGACUGGCUACUCUAUUAUGCUCUCUGAGCUGAAGAACCAUAACACAGACUCCAGCUUUUUUGCUGAUACGAUCCAAUCUGGGUCUCAUUUGAAUUCCCUACAUCUACUUCUGACGAAGAGGGCUGACGUUGCUACUAUUGAUUCCCGGUUCCUCACUGACUUUUUCAGCCAACAUCCUCACUACAAGAAAGAGCUCAAAGUGAUGACCACUCUUGGUCCCAUGCCGGUUAACCCGUUAGUAUUUAGGAAAACAUUACCUUCCGACGUGAAGAAAACCAUAACGAAAGCCUUGUUAGAAAUGCCUCAGAAUCCUACUUGGAACCAAAAACUUCAAAAUCUCCACAUUGAAAAUAUGAUAAGCAUUGAUUCGACUUUCUUCGAUAUGGAGAGGCUCUUACAAGAAAAAGUCAAAAAUAUACCAUUAGUGCCGACCUAUUAUUAAAGCAGCUUCCUCAUACCAUCUUUCUUUUUUUUUAUUUUUUCUAUAUUUUUUUCCUUUUUUUUUCCCCCCACAAUCUAUAUUUUUCCUGAAUCUUCUUCCAUGAGUAAUAACAAAAUUGCUUUAAUUUAUACAUACACACA